AUGGCGGGGUUAAAUUCUUCGGAAAAAACCCCCCAUGACGACCGCUCGUCGUCCUUGUCCGACCAGACCCAGGAGUCCCCCGACAAGCUGAAGCACCUGGAUCUGGAAGGUCAGGACAAUGCGUUUACCGUGCAGUCGGAUUCCGAGACGGGCGACGUCGGUAGGCAGAUUGAGCUCGAGGCGGAGAACUCCAUCAAGUAUCGGACGUGCAGCUGGCAGAAGACUGCCGCCUUGCUCUUCUCCGAGUAUAUUUGUCUCGCUAUCAUGUCGUUUCCGUGGUCGUAUUCGGUUCUGGGGCUCGUCCCGGGGCUGAUCCUGACCGUGGUCGUGGCAUUGAUUGUCUUAUAUACGUCCCUCGUUACUUGGAGGUUCUGCUUGCGCCAUCCCGAAGUCCGCGAUGUCUGUGAUAUCGGCCAGCAUCUCUUCUGGGGCUCCAAGAUCGCUUGGUACUUGACUGCUAUCAUGUUCCUCUUGAACAAUACAUUCAUUCAGGGCUUGCAUUGCUUGGUUGGCGCCAAGUACCUCAAUACCAUGACAAACCAUGGCACCUGCACCAUUAUCUGGUCCCUGGUCACCGCCAUCAUCUCCUUAGUGUUCUCUCUCCCAAGAACCUUUGACAGUCUUUCAAAAGCGGCUACCUUGUCGGCAAUUUUCACUUUCGUAUCCGUCAUGCUGGCACUCAUCUUCUCGGCAAUCGAAGACAAGCCGGCCGGCUACACUGCCGCGCAGGGGGAUCCCAUCGUGACCGCGUUUCCCGUGGCAGGUACCACGUUUGUCUCCGGUGUCAAUGCCUUCUUGAACAUUAGCUACACCUUCAUCGGUCAGAUCACGCUGCCGAGCUUCAUCGCCGAGAUGAAGGAGCCCAAGGACUUCUGGAAGUCAGUCACGGCUGUGACUAUUGCCGAGAUCAUUGUCUUCAGCCUGGUGGGCGCAGUCGUAUAUGUGUAUACCGGCAACCAGUAUAUGACCGCGCCUGCCUUUGGCUCAAUUGGCAACGAGGUGUAUAAGAAGGUCUCUUUCUCAUUUAUGAUCCCCACCUUAAUCUUCCUGGGUGUUUUAUAUGCCUCCGUGUCCGCGCGAUUCAUCUUUUUUCGUUUCUUCGAUGGGACCCGCCACAAGGGCAACCAUACCGUUGUCGGAUGGGCUGCGUGGACGGGUAUCCUGGCAGUCCUUUGGAUCUUGGCGUUCAUCAUUGCUGAGGUCAUUCCGUUCUUCUCGGACCUGCUCUCCAUCAUGAGCUCCCUCUUUGACUCGUUCUUCGGGUUCAUCUUCUGGGGAGUCGCCUAUCUGCGGAUGCGAUAUGAUGACCAUGGACCAGGCUUCUACAAGAAGCGUGGAAUCCGUGGCUGGAUCGGGUUUAUCGUCAACGUCUGUCUGAUUCUGGUUGGUUUAUUCUUCUUGGGUCCCGGAACCUAUGCUGCCAUUGACAGUGUUGUCAUCAGCUAUCGGACAGGAGCCGUUGGUAGCGCGUUCAGCUGCGCUGAUAACGGGCUGUGA